UGACAUAUUGUCAUUAUCUAAAUAAACAAAACUCAUAAUUCACGGAGGAAUCAAAAUUUAUAAUUUCGUUUAAUAAAAAAUGGGAAAUUUGUCAAGUUUAUUUAUCUAACUUAAAUAUUUUUCUUCAAAUGCCGCAAUGGGGAAAUGGUAAAUGAAAUCGGGUGGAUUUAAAUGUAAUAUUCACGUUAUUUUUGGCGUGAUGUGAAAAAUAAUAUAUAUUAGAUGGCAAGUGUGAUAAGGAUACUGGGUAAACGUUACUGGCCAGCACAAAUAGAAACGCUGGCAAAGUGUCGUAGUUGUGGCCCGGGAUUGAACAAAAAUACCCCAUUGCUCUCUAUUACCCCAGGACUAACGAAAUCUUCCCUCAUAUCCUUCAACCAACCCUGGAUCGAGUUUCGGCAAUUGGAACCACACAGAAAUCUCCACAAUGGCGAUAAAUUACUUCAACCAUCGACUAAGCAAUCUAACGACUUUUUAAAUGGUUUCCCGAAGACUUUCUUUUUCAAAAGAAAAAAAGAUCCGAAUAAAAAACGAGUUCCAAAACUUAUAUUAGUACAGAACCCCUUCACGUGGCUUAUGAUAAAAAUCGACUUUUGCGUUUUGCGUCAUGUAUGGGAUCCUAGUUUUCAAGAGAAAGAAUUCAAAUUCGGAGCGAAACAGGCAAUUUCCCGCGUGACUGAUGUGAUAAGCAAAGGUCAAUAUGCCGAGCUGAACGGGCUGCUUACGAAAGCCGCUCGGCUGAGUUUGUUACGGGAGCUGGAACGCAACUGGAGCGACCGGCAGAGGUCACUGCUAUCCCUUAACCGGAACGAUAUUCAAAUAUCAUCGCCAAGGAAGGUUUAUUUCAUCAGGAUAGCAGAUAAGAAAUACUGCGACGUGGAUAUGGCUUUCCUCGCAUUGAAGUGGGUUCCCAUUAACACGAUAGACGCUUUGAUAUUCACUGAAAUUUUUGCAAGAUUUCAUCGCGAAUACACACCUCACUGCAUACCUGAGUGGACUAUAGCUUAUUUUAAAGUAACACGCUUUGAGGUAUUACGACAAAAAACAUAAAGUUAUCAUUUGAUAACGAUAUCGACAAUUUUUUUUAUGUGCCUACACACCUAAGUGAUGUUCUUAUAAUAUUUCAUAAUAAUAUUUGUUAACAACAUGUACCUACACACAUAGGAGAUGUAUUCAUAAUCAAAUAAAAGUGACGUUUGCACUUUAAA